AUGGACACAACAGAGAAGAACCCUGAUGAGCCUUUGCUCAGAGGCAAAAGGAGGCAAGAUCUCCAAGAGAUGCUGAAAGAAGUGGGACUGGAUGUUGAGUACUGGUUGCCCAAGCUGCAGCAGGAUCUGGGUGUGACUUGUGCCCAGGCAUUACAAUCAUUAAAAAAAGAAGACCUCCAGAAGCUGAAAUUCCAUGAACGAUAUUCAUGGGAGAAAAGGGCCCUGGAGAAGCUGCUUGACCUGUCCUACUCACAUAGUCUUCUAGAGUUACAGGAGUCACAAGUGGAGAGGAUGAACCGAAAGCAGAAGCAGGAGAAGCAGGCUGAACAAUUGCUGCAGGAUCUGGGAAACUUCCUAGUAGAAGGGAAACAGAGACAGGAAGAGGAAGUGAGGAAAAAAGAAGCAGAGCUGAGGCAAGCCAUGGAGAUCCCUGAAGAGUACUGGCCAGUGCCUGAAAAGCCCCUCAAGGAAGUCAUAGAAAUCAUGCAGAGACAACUCAAUGCCAAGGAGCAGAUACUGGCCCACAGGCAAAAUCUAUCAGAUAGAGAUCUGGUAAGAUGGGUGUCUGGAGGGCUGGCCCUGCAGGGAAUAUACAAAACCUGCCACCACAAGGAUCUGAUGCAGAGAAGAGAGGAGCUACUCAGUGUCCCCAAGGAGUUCUCACUCCUUGGACCUCAGCAGGGCACACGGAUGGAAACUGAAGAAUUUACAUCUUCUCAAGCAGAAGUCAUGUUCACCCAGUCUAUGGAGAAAUUAGGCUUCAAUUUAACUACUUCAGCCAAGGGUAAAAGUUGGGGAUUUAGUUUAGAAACUGAUCUAAACAAAAGCAAAUAUUCAGAAUCCAAGGAAACUCAACAAGCAAAUUCUGAGUGCUCUUAUUUCUGCUCAACAAAGUUCAUUUAUGUUCCCAUGGCAUCCUGCCACUUCCCCGUUGAUCAACUCCAGUUGUCCAAUGCUGCUUUUCAGGAAUUGAAAUGUCUUGAAGACCUCCUGGAUCAGAUUACAGACCCAGAGGAAUCCCAGUUGCUGAGACACUGGACUGAAAAAUUCUUCCACAGGUUUGGCUCUCAUGCUAACCAAGGCCCUCUGCACCUGGGAGGAAUCUACUGGUGGAAGGUUGUCUCAAAGGGGUUCCAAAGUGAUCAGCUGGUUGAUAUAAAGCAACAGGCAAUAGAGACCCUGGAUAUUUACAUAAAAGGCAGCUACAGUGGCUUUGGAGUGAAUGUUGCUUCAGGCGUGAAUGAGUCAGACUCACAUUUAAAAGCAGAUACUGAGAACAAAACUUUCCAAAAUCCCCAAACCAAAUUCCAAUUAUCUGUGUCCAAGACAGGUGGACCACCAGAAGCAGACGACCUUGAUCAAUGGAAAGCUGGCCUUGUUGCCAGCAAUCAAACCUGGUGUGUCAUUGAUCGGGGAUUCCAGCUGGUGCCCAUUUGGGACAUCAUCCUCUCCAGCCACAGAAGUGAUUUUAAGGAUCCCUUUAAGGUGGCUAAUUGCCUGAAAGACAAUUACAUUGCUCUGACUGGCCUCACUGCCGAGAUCCAGGAAGGAGAGGAAUUACUGUGUGUUAGGCAAGAAAUUAGAGUUUUCCUAGAUGCAGUGAAGUCCUGGGAGGUGUCUGAUCCUGAAGAAAAGCUUCAAAAACUGAUAAAUUUCAUGCAAACACUGAGACAAAAAACAAAAGAUGAUGACCUGUGGAUUAACCUCUGCCUCACAGAUAGGGUUCUGCAGACCUUUCUACUCAAUACCAUCAACUUUUUAAAAAUGUAUUUCACUUAUAAAAUCAAAUUUAUUAAAACUCAGUUUUGCAGCCUUCUAUAUCCUCACAUCUAUAAAGUGGAAAACUUUCCUCAGGCUCACCCCAUCAUGCAGUGGCUCAGCCAGUCAGAGUCAGAACAAGAGCAAAUCAAAAUUUCCCAGUUUUCUGAAUUCAUUAAAAUCUUAAAGGAAACCCAGGAUAAAUUCUUGGAAGUGAAUUUCAAAUCUGAGUCACCAGAAAUAGAAGAAGCUCAAAUAAAGACCACAUAUGAUGUCAGUGUGGCUCUCAGUAGCUUCUUGAAUCACUUGCAAGCAACAGAGCAGCCGGACGUACAACUCUUGCUCCUUUCCAUUGCAGUUGGUGCAGGAUAUCAGGUGGAAUACAAUAUUUUUCAGAAUCUCCUGGGACAUAAUGAGUUGAAUUUCUUAUUGGAUAAAAUGCAAAGUGCCUUCAAGAAAUACCAGCACCUCAAACAUAUUUCUAGCUACAGGGCACAUGCAUUCCUGGUGCUCACAGGUCUGAGAGCCACAGCUGGGCUCACAGUUAUUUCUUCAGAAGUGAAGACACAACGCAUGAAGUUUAUGAGAAAAAAAAUGGGACAAUUAUUUUCUAAAGAAGUUGUGCAUGUCCUCACUAAAUUUGGGGCAGAUCAUGAUUGGGAAAACUUAGAAAGAGACUUAAGUCUACUCAUUGAUGGAGAUUAUCAAGCUACUAUUUCUUCUGUGAAAAUGGAUGAGGUCAAAAGAGAGCUGCAAAGUCUUCUCGAUGAAAAGAAACAGCCUUGUGAACCAGAAACUAAUAUAAAUAAUACACGUGAAGUAAUAAAAAAUGGAGCUUUCCUGGACUUACUCCAGCGUCUUGGCCUAGAAUAUUACUACCCAAAAAGGAUGGGUAGACCUGACUUCCAUCUGAUCUACAAUUCUUCUGUGUGCAACACCCAGCCCAAAUCUGAACAGGAACUUCCCUUUUAUUUCCUUCAGAAGCUACUGAUGCUGGAUUAUGGACUGAGAUACCAGGUCUUCAAAGGUGAUGGAAACAUAGAACAUCAGGUCUCUCCAAGUGCCUCUAAUCAGGAAAAGGAAGCUAUUAAUCCAUAUGAAGACUUUUUUGAAGAUGAUGAUAAUCUCACUAAUACUUUGACCACUGAGUCCAAGCCCCACAUUCACCCCAUGGAUAUUCAGAUGGCCAUCUUUCACUGUGCAGAUGAUUUUGCCAGACAAUAUAUUUUGACCAAACUUUCCAUUUGUCAAUUUGCCCUGCCCCUCCUGGUGCCAAAUCCCUGCACUUCUCAAAUUGAAUUCUCUCUCUGGUCUCUCAGACAAAUUAGGAGAAGUUGGCAGCAAGCAAAGAAAUUACCACAAGGAAAGAAGAGUUUCAAGAAUCAGCAGAUGUGUCACAUCUCCACCCCAAUUGUGUCCUUCCUUAGAGUUGGCAAUGGUCUGUCUGCUUCCAAAUCUCAGAUCAUGAACUGUCUUCUCAGUGAACAUAAACAUGAUGUGUUUUUCCACCGACACUGCAGAGAAAGCAGCAAGAACUGCCUCUUGAUGGGGGGUGUGGUGGAAAUCUGCUGGUUCUGCCCUGGUGGGGAAGAGGAGGACAGGUUUGACAACUGUGUGACCUUCAUGAAUCUUCAUGGAGAUGCAAAGGAACAUAAAAGGCAGCUCACCUUCCUGUAGGAGGUCUCUUCUCUCAUUGUGGUUCUCAUGUCUGCUUCUGAUGAAAAUGAAGAAAACAAAAAAAUAGUCUGUGACCUGUGGCAAUCAUCAAGACCUCUGAUCUGCUUACUUGAUGACAAAGAAAAAUCCAAACCCAGUAGUUCUGGUAGAAGAGUGAAAAUUGGCCUGAGGUAUAGAAAUGAGGCAGAAUUGACAGAGGAGCUCACAACUACCAUCAGACGUUUGCUAGAGCUCUCUGACACAGCUCUCAGCCUAGAUGACUGUUCUCAAAUUGCUCGCCAGCAAGGAUUUCUUAUUGAUGAAGACCAGAAAGAUUGUAAGGAGGGCAAAGAAAUGGCACAGAUUAUAAUGGCUCUUUUAGGAGAAACAGAGUUGUCUGAGGUGAAGGAAACCUUCCUACCGCUUCAAGGACAACUGUGGCACCAGUGGUGUAGGAAGGACAAAGAACUUUAUCAUCUGAGAGAGAAGGGGAAUCGAAGCAUUGAACAACACAAGAGUGAGAUUAAGACAGAAAAACAAAGAAUACGGCGACAACAGUUGGAAACAGUUUUUCCUCUCAAAUAUGUAAUGCGAUCUGUUCUGCAAAUUCUCUACAUGUAUUCAGAAACUCACACUUCACUCUACUUCUUGCAAUGGCUGAGUGUGUUUUUAGAUAGCCUGACUAGAGAGCAUUUGCAAAACCUGCAUGAAAAACUAACACACAUGUGGUCAAAUGUACAAACAGAAAAGCAAAAAUCUCAAAAUACCAACUCCUUGAAACUCUGCACAAAUCAAAUGGAAUGCAUCUCUACUGAGAUCAAUAACUGUACCUUGGGAAUUGAGCAAUUUCUUAGAGAGGUUGGCCAGAUCUAUGAAGCUCUGGAAGAAACUUUCUCCAAGAAAGACACACUUUUUCUCUCCCUUCCCCAAAUUGCUGCAGACCUGAUGAUAGCUGGUGUCCCCAUAGAGCUGAUGGAUGGAGAUGCUUCCUAUGUGCCCCUAAAAUGGGUGGCAGCGGUUUUUGACAAGCUCUCUGAGAAACUUGGAGACAAACGGCUCUUUGUUCUCUCUGUCCUUGGCCUGCAGAGCUCUGGGAAGUCCACCCUUCUGAAUGCUCUUUUUGGGCUGCAGUUCACUGUAAGUGCAGGCAGGUGUACCAAGGGGGCCUACAUGCAGCUCCUGAAGGUAGACGAGACAUCCAUUGAGAAACUUGGCUUUCAUUUUGUGCUGGUUGUAGACACAGAAGGACUUCGGGCCCCAGAACUCAGCAAGAAGUCCCAGAAUUGGGACAAUGAGUUAGCCACCUUUGUCAUUGGUCUUGCAAACUUGACUCUGAUCAAUAUAUUUGGGGAGAAUCCAUCAGAAAUACAAGAUAUCCUACAGAUAGCUGUCCAAGCCUUUCUGAGGAUGAAGAAAGUGAAAAUUUCUCCAACUUGCAUAUUCGUCCAUCAGAAUGUUGGAGAAGUUACUGCUAACGACCAAACCAUGGAAGGACGAAGGCAGUUAGAGCAGAGACUAGAUGAAAUGUCAGCAAUUGCUGCUGAACAAGAAGAGUGCUCAGAUGUAACUUGCUUCAGUGAUGUCAUCAAGUUUGAUGUCAAUACUCACGUGUACUACUUUGCUCACCUCUGGGAGGGCAAUCCCCCUAUGGCCCCUCCCAAUCCUCGCUAUAGCCACAAUGUCCAGGAACUGAAAAGUAGAAUUCUUUUGAUGGCCAAGCAGGAAUCCAGGGGAAGCCUCAUGAAUAUAUCAGAUGUAAAAUUCAGAGUUCACGAUUUGUGGAAAGCCCUGGUAAGUGAGAACUUCAUUUUCAGUUUCAGGAACACCCGAGAGGUCAUGGCCAUGAGCAAACUGGAAACCAUGUAUAACUGCUGGACCUGGGAACUCAGGAGUUAUAUUCUAGAAUUGCAGAACAAGCUGAAGAAUCAGAUUCAGAAUGGAACAAUUCUGACACUUACGGCAAACAUAGUUGAGUAUCCAGUUGCAGAGAAAUAUGAAACCAUCAAGCAAGAACUUGACAAGUAUUUUACUGAAGACCCAGAGGGUGAUACACUUGUCCAAUGGAAAGCCAAUUUUGAAAAUAAGCUUCUAAUUCUUAAAGAGUCACUUACUUCAGACACCAAAAGUAAAGCCCAUGAGCUUAUUAGUCUCAAAAAACAUCAAGAAAAACUAGAACAGAAAAAGAGUGAGUAUGAAAAUGAAUUAUUGGAGAGGAGCCGAAACUUGGCUUUACAUGUAAAAGAUAAAGAAUUGAGUGAUAAAGAUUUACGUGAUAAAUUCAAUCAACUUUGGGUAAAAUGGGUCUAUGAAGUGUCCUCAAAUCUCCCUCCAGCUACAGAGCCUAACAUUGAUGUAGAUGCUGAAAACAUCCUUUUGGAUUAUUUCAAAAAAGAGAAAAACAUAGUGGAAAAUCUAAAGAAAAAUACUGAAGAGGAGUUUGAAAUAAAUUUUGAAGUACAUGUCAAGAGAUAUAGGGUGACAAGUCUUUUGGGCAAGGUCUCUGAGCAAAUUGGAAAUUGGAUUUCAAAAAAAGAUUUAGACAUGCGUGAUAAAAUAUCCAUUAAUACGGUGACUGAAAACAUUUUUUCAAAAUUUAAUAAAUGUAUUAACAGCAUUUUAAGUCAAAAACGUGAUUAUAAUCCAAAUGACUUUCACAAAAUCUUGAGAAUAAUAGAAGAUGAAGUGAAAUCUGCACCCACUAACAAAAGCUAUGUAUUUACCAGCAUAUACAACAUUGAAUUAUCUUCAUGUUUAUUUAAAAAAGCAUCAAAGCAUUUUAAGGAAAUGCACAGGGCAUUCAGGAGAGCAAAUGACCCUGUAAACUAUCUAGAAGGCAAGAAAGAUGAUUUUUUCAUGAGUUUCAAGAUCUCCUGCCAAGGUGCAACCUCCAUCACAUCUUUUGUUGACUUUCUGUGGAACAAGCUUACUCCUGCUAUUUCCAAAACCAUCUUGGAGAUAAUGGUCCCUAAGAUAGCUGGGGAGAUAAGAACUACCAUCCCUGCAUUUAAUGGAAACAGGGCUAACCUUGAGAAACACAUUCUCAUCUCUCUAGCAGAAGAAGAAACAUUUGACAAUUAUUUGAAUUACAUUCACAAUCCAGAAUCAUUUUUUAAGACUUACAUUGGAAACCAUACCAAAAGGUACUGUUUAGACAACAGAGAUAAUAAAAUAAAGACUCUUUUCAAAAUAAGUUUAGAGAGCAUCAAGAGCGUCAUCCUCUUUGCCAUUCAUGAAUCCAUACCAGUAGGGAAAGAUACAAGUAGCACUGCAUCUGGGUGGCUGGAUUUGUUCUGUGAUCACCUGGGAAACAAUUUGAAAUUUUCACGAAAAGACUUGAUAAGCAUUGAGCACCAGGAGAUAAAAGAUAUGGAGUUUCUCAGAGAAGCCAUGAGUGCAGCUUUGGAUCCCCAAAUGAAGAAAGUGGAACAGAAUUUUUUUAGUAUGCCUAUAGAUGAGUUGGUUCCUGAAAUUGAGAAAAUCCUUUCUGAACAUCUCUGUGGCUGCUGGAAACAGUGUCCCUUCUGUAAAGCAAUAUGUACAAACACAAUUCCUAAACAUGAUGGAGACCACAGUGUUCCAUUUCAUCGUCCUCAGGCUGUAAAUGGUUGGAGGUGGUAUAAAACGGACCACUUUUCCAUUGAUUGUUGUACUAGUUUAGUAGCAAGUGAUUGUAGGUUUGUUUUGAGUGAUGAUUGUAAAAUCCCAUAUAAGAAACAUCGGGAGGCAGGAGGAGACUAUGCCACAUGGAGCAUCACCCCAGACACAUCCACCCAGCCAUACUGGAAAUGGUUUAUCUCUCACUUCAGAACAAAGCUGGAAGAAAAAUAUCAGCUACAAUUUAUAAAUAGAGGUCAAAUUCCUGAUGAAUGGGCACAAAUCACAAAGCAGGAUGUGCUUGAUUACUUGAACAAGCAAUAAUUUUCAAUGACCCCAUAAGAACCUUUUCAUCUGAACAAAGUCAUAGUUCAUACCAAUCUCAAAACACAUCCUCCUUACAACUAGACCUUUAAAUAUUCCACUUUUUGAAUGAAAUGUGGAAAAAGAGAUCAAUUAUUACUUCAAGAGUUUAAGAGUUCUUGUAAAAGUACUUGAUGUCUUUCUGCCUCAAAUCUCUCUGGAUUAUAAAGAAAUUACUAAAAUAAGACCAAUGACAAAAUCAAAUAAAAUCCAUUUAAGAUACCUAAUUCUUAAUUUGAAGUACUUUCCACAGUAUUUUUUAAAAUAAAUAUAAAACCUCAGAGAAACUCAUCUUCAGACAGGGAAUUUAAAGUCAUUUUAUGAUGUAGAGUAAAUGCAUCUGCAUGGCAUUUGAAUCAAUAUACAGGUCUUGGCUGAAAAUACAGAUGGACUUACUGUUCUUCAAUAAAAUUUUCAGUCAAUUCAAGGGAGAAAAUUUACUCACCCUUAAAUACAAAAUCCAAAAACAUUCAUGGAAAUUUCAAGAUUCCCAUGUAUAAUAUUAUAUAUGAGUAUUUUUUUCUAGCAAAGAACACACCAGAGACUUGACAAGGAUAGUCUUUCUCAAAUCAGAAAACAUCAUCAAGCAAACAUUGGAAAUAGAAAUCAAAUACCUGUUUUCUUCAUUUAAUCAAAGCUCUCCUCUGAUUCCGAAGAACGUCUCUACUCAUGCCACAAAACAUUGAGAUAUUCACAAAAUUUACGUCUUCAA